AUGCCCACGGCGCUUCUGCCGCAGCGGCGCGUCUGGGCGCCGCCGCCGCCCCCCCACCUGCUAGCCGCGUUCCGCCACAAGCUCUCCGAGUUUUUCGAGGCCGAUUUCGAAAAGCAUGUCGGUGGCGUCGUGGCCAAGGCGGUGGACGCCGUCUGCAGGCAGCAGAGGGAGGCGCGGGAGGCGGAGGCGAGGCGGCAGCAGGCGCGCGCCGUGGAGGAGGCGGCGGCGGAGGCAGCGCGGCGCGUGCGCGAGGGCGAGCGGGUGCAGCGCGAUCAGGAGCUGCAGCGGCUGGCGGUACUGCAGCGCAAGCAGGAGGAGGAGCAGCAGGAGGCGCGGCAGCGGCAGGAGCAGUGGGAGCAGCAGCGGCAGCAGCAGGAGGAGGAGCGGCAGCGGCAGGCGCAAGAGCAGGAGGAGGAGGAGCGGCGGCAGAAGCAAAAGCGCGAGGAGGAGGAGCGGCGAAAGGAGGAGGAGCAGCAGCGGCGGCAGCGAGAAGAGGCCAGGCGCAUUCAGGGGCUGCAACAGCAGCAGCAGCAGCAGCAGCAGCAGCAGCGGGAGCAGCGGCAGCAGCAGCGGGAGCAGCAGCAGCAGCGGGAGCAGCAGCAGGAGGAGGAGCAGCAGCAGGAGGAGGAGCAGCAGGCUAAGCUGGCCGAGCGGGUGUCGCCGCCUGCCGCUGACCUUGUGGCAGUGGCCUUUCCUCAAGGCACAGCAGCCCAGGCGGCGGCGGGGCAGCAGCAGCAGCAGCAGCAGCAGCAGCAACAGCAGCAGAAGCGGGCUCGCGACAGCCCAGAGGCUGACAAAGCCAAUGGAGGCACGGUGGUUGGGGAGGAGGAGGAGGAGGCGGAGGAGGAGGAGGAGCCUCCAGAGGACUCGGACGACGACUCUUGGGGCGCGGAGGAGCGGCCCGCCAAGAAGCCCAAGGCGGCUGCAAAGCCCAAGCAGCAGCAGAAGCAGCAGAAGCAGCAGCGGCGCCAGCAGAAGCGGCUGCCGCGGAAGCAGCAGCGGGGGUCCGAUGACCAGGAGGCGAGUGGCUCAGGCUCCGAGGGGAGCGAGGACGACGGCCCCCAGCAGGAGCGACGCGAGCAGCAGCAGCAGCAGCAGCAGCUUGGGGCGCGCCCCGACCGGCGGCAUUCGCACGACGGGCCAGCAGCCAGGCAGCCGGCCCCGGCCGGCGGCGACGGCGGCAGCGACGACCUGGCGGCGCUGCAGCGCAGCUUGUCGGGCUUUGACGCGCGGCAGCGCGACGCCGCGCUGCAGCACCGGAUGAAGAUGGCCGUUGACGCGCUGCUCAGCUGGGACGAGAAGUUUGCUGAGGCGGCGUUCCUGGAUGACCCUCGCGACAGCAUGGACCGGCCCUACGCCACCAUGUACAACCAGCUGGUGCAGCAGCCCAUGUGGCUCAAGGAAAUCAGGCACAAGCUGACCAAGCGGCGGUACGCGUCAGAGACCCACCGCCCCGCGGAGCCCAAGGUCCACGACGCCGCGUCGUGGGGGCGCUUCUGGACCGACGUGGCGCUCAUUGUGCAGAACUGCCGCAUCUUCAACGAGGGGUCGCCCAACGCGUACCAGCGGUGGCUGGGGGGCCCGUGCGUUGACCAGCUGGCGGCGUGCGUGGCGGCGGUCAAGGCGGCGGUGCAGGAGGGGCGGCGGCCCGAGGUGGGCCAGUUUGACCCCGGGCCGCCGCCGGACUCCUGA